UUUCCUUUGCAGUAGAAACCAUGAUCGAGAAAAGUAUAUCAAUCAACUUCAAGAAACCAAUCAGCUGCACAAUUGGUAGAAGAAGAAUUCACCAUCGAAAAUAGGAAAAAGAAAACCAAUUACGUUGUUGACGACGACGCCGCACAACUGUGGAUUUAUUUGUUGUCUUUCAUCUAUCGAUCCGAUGAUCACCGGACCAAUUGCAAUGUGCGCAAGCCACAAGCCCCGGCAGUCCCUUCCAGGAAGGUUUGGUGCAUCGCUCGGGAGAACGAGGAGAGCCAGAACUGCUGUAGCYGUCGUCGCUACGGUAUUGACGGCAUCGGCAACCGUUUCUGUGUCGGCCUUCGCUGGCACCGGCCUACAACGAAGGACGCGUCCGUCGCUCCGCACCGAUAUUCUCCGCAUCCCGGGAGCGCAACAAAGAACUCGGCGCUUUCGCAACGGGGCUGUUCUUUCCGGAAACGUUGGUGCCAUCCGUUGCGGUGAAAGCAUUAGGAGCAGCAGAACAAGAGUCGAUGGCGCAUCGAAAAAUCUAUGGUCCAUCCAGGAUUGCUUGGAGCAAUGGAACUCGCUGGACGGGAAUACGAGUACUGCCACGAAGGAUGGGGAAGGUGCCGGAACGCAGCAGGAGCAACGACAGCAACGGAUUGUAUUCGUGGAUGCCACCUGGUACCACAAAGGAGAGAGAAACGGACGUGACGAAUUCGAGGCCGGGCCGCGGCUCCCCGGUGCCUUCCACUGGGACAUUGGCGAUCUCGCCACCACCGSGGAAUUGUUUCCCGAAGACAAUCCAAAGGGCCUCAAGAACGUAUUUCCACCCGAGUGGUUGGUCGGCUCCGCGCUCGAGCGAAUGGGCGUUCUGCCGGACGCCACCACGGUCGGCAGYGGUGGUCCCGAUGCCACCGGCGGUCCCUCGCCCGCUGCUUCUCCCGUYACGCUUGUGGUAUACGGCCGGGACGGCACGCGCUUUGCUCCCCGCGUGUGGUACAUGCUCCAGAAGUACUACCGCGGUGGUCCCGUCCGGCUGCUCCAGGGGUCGCUGGAGGAGUGGAUCGAGCGGGGGGGACCGGUCGAUCGAGGACCACUGAAGGACUCCGAUGACGGCAGCGCGGUGCUGCAGGCACAKGAUCUGGCAGAAGGAUCGGAACCCCCGUCACUCCACCCCUGGAUCUCGUCCGAGGCGAGGAAUCGAUUGGUAGACAUGRCAUUCGUACUGGAGUGCUUGAAGGACGAGCAGCAGCAACAAGAAGGACAAAAGACGGACGCCAAUUUGCCCUCCGUGAUCAUUGACACCCGUGGAUCGUCCUUUGCCAAGAAGGGCCACAUCCCGGGCGCGGUCCACGUCCCGUACGCCUCCCUGACCCUUCCAGAGGAUUUCACCACGCUGAAAYCCAGGGAGGAGCUGGAGAAGGUGCUGAGAAAGGCCAUGGGAGACGARMRCUACGACCGGCUUGGGGAGCAACCCCCCCUUUUGACGUGCGGGACCGGCGUCUCGGUGUGCACCCUCGCGCUCGUCCUAGACGARCUGGGGCUUCCGGAACCGUGGAUCUACGACGGGAGCUGGAACGAAUGGGGRGGAGACCCCACCACGCCAAAGGCGGGGGUUCCCUGAUGUGUCGAAACCGCUGCGGGUGAAAUCGGGUUUGGUCGGUUCGAUUGGAUAUUGUCCUGUAUUCUGGUUUACGUUCGGUGAUAGGAUGUUGGUGUGGUGYUGCUUUCWCUGAACUAUGGUGAAAGUGCAUCGAACACGAAUCCGACUCACAUGCUUUGACAAGGCGAUUUGGAAAUUCAACUUGWUGUUUGUUAUAAACAACCAAGUCAAAUUUCCCUCCUCGUUGUUGACUGCUMUCCAUGCAUGUUUUUGAAGUCCUCAGUCCAGACCGAAGUUGCACUGAAACUCUCCUAAAACGAACGGGUUGACGCACCUCUGCUAUCUCCUUCAUUUGUGAUACAAGGCUAUGUGCAAGUAGGAUAUWAAUCUCCACGGCGAUAUUAACUCAUUCCUGAUUUCAAUCCAGYCAUCUGAUGCCAUUGCAUUUCGCUAUUUUGUUCGCUCGUUAGAUUAGCUGGAUGACAUCAAACACUACUACAGAAGAUACACUACAGCGCUCGGGCCCUGAGCUCUACACAAGCUUUCUACAMAAUGCUUAUCAAGUUCUCUAUCAAAAUAUUUGUUUAAAAUUCUAUAGCAACGACUAAGCUACGAAUUUUAAAUGGUACAMCGGUGGAUUUGAUAAGAAUCCGUGUAAAACGCUUCGGAGCGGUGCCAUUGCUCUUACUUUGGAUUGCCGUAACCGUCGUCAUUUCCGAGGGAAACAAACUUCUUCCCGAGACGCAAGAGGUUGGGAAGGAAGAAUGGCACCGAUAAAGCGGUUCCACCAAGCAGGACAGCAGGGACCAACUUCUUGGCAUUCUCGGCAUCCUCCUUCGCUUUUAAUUUGCGUGCUUUCUCCUGGUCGUCAUAAAUAUCGGCAAAGGCGGGUUUGGAUGUCACAGCUACAAGGGAUGCUGCGGAUAGGGAUGUCAUCGCCGAGGUUGCACCCUUGCGCAUCAUAUCCCGACGAGAUAGGACUGCGACACUGUUUUGAUCAGGGAUGAAAUCAUCUGGUGUYGCUCGAAGAACGAAUGCAUUGGAUCUCUUGCCACUAACACAGGUGAAUGCCUCGACAUUCUGCUGUUGGACUGAAAAAACGAACAAGAGAGAAAGGAGGCUGAUGAUGUGCAUCAUAUUUCUUUUGGGUUUAGAUUUGUAGUUWGAUUAAAGAAAUGUUGUUGCG